GCGGUAGGCGGAGACGAGGCUUUCAGGCAGCCGCGCACGCGGCCAAUAGGCGAUGGCCUCUCCUCCCCCUCGCUCCGUUUCCCGCACGUGUUCCACGCCCUCGCGCGGCCCGUAGAAAUAGACCUCUCCUCCCAGCUCGUCCCCCCUCCCAUCUCCAGACCAGACGCAUAAAUCCCACACGCGCCGACGGACACCGGGCUCCAACCCAAUUCCCAUCCGCAAGCAAAUUCAUCUGCCCGGAGACGCGACAGGAGAGCGGCUCUCGUUCCGAUUCCACCAGCCAUGGAGGCGACGAAGCAGCUAAGGCGGGUGCGCACGCUGGGCCGCGGCGCGUCGGGCGCCGUGGUGUGGCUGGCCUCCGACGAGGCCUCGGGCGAGCUGCUGGCGGUCAAGUCGGCGCGCGCCGCGGGGGCCGCGGCGCAGCUCCGGCGCGAGGGCCGCGUCCUGGAGGGCCUCUCCUCGCCGCACAUCGUGCCCUGCCUGGGCGCCCGCGCCGCGGCCGGCGGCGAGUACCAGCUCCUCCUCGAGUUCGCCCCCGGCGGCUCGCUCGCCGACGAGGCCGCCAGGCGCGCCGGGGGCCGCCUCGCGGAGCGCGACAUCCGGGCCUACGCCGGGGACGUGGCCCGCGGGCUGGCCUACCUCCACGGCCGCUCGCUCGUGCACGGGGACGUCAAGGCCCGGAACGUGGUCAUCGGCGCGGACGGCCGCGCCCGCCUCACCGACUUCGGCUGCGCCAGGCCCGCGGACUCGGCGCGGCCCCUCGGCGGCACCCCGGCCUUCAUGGCGCCCGAGGUGGCGCGCGGGGAGGAGCAGGGCCCCGCCGCCGACGUCUGGGCGCUCGGGUGCACGAUCGUCGAGCUGGCCACGGGGCGCGCGCCCUGGAGCGACAUGGACGACCUCCUCGCCGCCGUGCACCGGAUCGGGUACACCGACGCCGUGCCGGAGGUGCCCGCGUGGCUGUCCGCGGAGGCCAGGGACUUCGUGUCCUGCUGCUUCGAGAGGCGCGCCAGCGCCCGGCCCACGGCCGCGCAGCUCGUCGCGCACCCGUUUGUCGCCGCCGCCACCCGCGGCCCGGACGCGCGGCCGGCCAAGCAGGAGCUCCCGUCCCCCAAGAGCACGCUGCACGACGACGCGUUCUGGGACUCGGACACCGACGACGAGGCGGACGAGAUGUCGACGGGCGCGGCCGAGCGGAUCCGCGCAUUGGCGUGCGCCGCGUCUGCCCUGCCCGACUGGGACUCCGACGAAGGCUGGAUCGAGCUGCAGGACGGCCGCUCGGAAACCGCCGACGCCGCGCCGGCGCCGGCGGCGGACUACUUCAUCUGGGCGGAACCAUCAGACGCUGAGUCCGAGCAGUUCUUCACCACCGCCGCCGCCGCCGCCGCAGAUGUCAGCGACCAUCUCCAUCUCCCCCUCAUCGCCGGAGUUACUGAGGCCGCCACCACCAUUAGCCGGGGCAGUUACCUGCUCCAUUGUGAAAACAAAAUCCCACUUGGGUUCGACCGCGAAGGGGUCGGAAACGUGGGACACCACCGUGCUUGUAACAGGAACAGAUUAGUAAAAAUGAAACGAAUUCCGCCCAAAAUAUCCCGUCCAAAAACCACAUCAAUUUCGCUCAAAGUUUCCGUCUUUGUCAUCACCUGGUUGGCGCGCCCCGUCACGCUUCACGUGCGUGCGCACGCCGCGAUCGCCCGCGCAGGAAGUCGGAUCGGUUAA